AUGGAUAUGUUUAUUCUUGAUCAAUCACAUAUGAUCUGCUCCGAGCAAGUAUCCAUAUCAUCAUUGAAUAGCACGGCGGUGUGUCUGCAAGAUUUUCGUUCCGAACCUUGCCAAGUAUGUGGAGAAAAUGCAAGCGGAUGGCAUUGUGGUUCAAUUACAUGUGAGGCAUGUAAAAAAUUUUUUCUUCGAUCAGUUAAUGGCGAAUAUCUUAAAUAUAAAUGUAUACGAGAUAAAAAAUGUAUUAUUACACGUGCGACACGAACUCAAUGUCAAUGCUGUCGAUAUUCAAAAUGUAUUGCUAUUGGCAUGAAAAUCAUAGAGCAAAGUUCAAAUCCAAAAAUUGAAGAAAUCUUUAAAGAAAUUCCAUGCGCUGUUUGCCAAUCGGCAUCAUCAGGCAUACAUUUUGGUGCAACAACAUGUGAAGGUUGUAAAGGAUUUUUUCGCCGAAUGACGAAAGAGAAUACACCACAAAAUUAUAAAUGUUCAGAAAGAAAUAAUUGUGAAAUAAAUGCUUUGACCAGAAAUAUGUGUCGAGCUUGUCGUUUUCGAAAAUGUCUUAUGGCAGGAAUGUCUAUUGAAGGUUCACGUAUUGGUAGACAAUCGAAUUUAUUUAAACAUAAGAUGGUCGAAAUGCAACGUCGAGGUGUAGUUCAAUCAAAAUUAUGUCAUAUAUUAACGUCAAAUUUAAAUCAUACUAGAAAAAAAAUACCACAUAUCAAUCAAGAACCAUUAAUUAUGGUAUCUUUAAAAGAUAACCUUGAAUCUCACAUAUUUGAACAAAUAUCGCAUAUUGAAAAUGCUUAUAUCAGUCAACUUAAAGAACUUCCAUUUUGUUCAAAUGAAAUAAAUGAUUUAUGGAUGAUUUGUACAUCUCAACUGCAAGAAUAUUCAAAUCGUGUUCGAGCGUUUAUUGAUCGGAUUCCAAAUUUUAAUUCUAUUAAUUUUAUUGAGAAAACAUCAAUUAUUCAUUUAUCAACUCAUUCGGUUAUUCUAAUGUGCCUUUGUAUACAAUCGUUACGCUCAGGAAUAGUAAAUUCCAACUGGAAUUAUUUAAAUAUUUCAUUCGAUUCAUCACAUAGUCAAUAUUUACAAGACCAAUAUCCAUUUUUCUUCGAAUUAAAUCGUUUAACAUAUUCAUUUGAAAAAGAACUUCAAAUUUUUGAACUUGAUGAUAAAGAAAUAGCACUGAUGCUUACUUUACUUAUAACUUCCAUUGGAAACAAUAAAUCAAAAGAAAUCGAAUAUCUUGAAGAAGAACUUUUUAGCAUUUUAUAUGAUUACAUGGCCGUUAAACGUGGUAUGAAUAAUAAAGAUUACUUUAUUUUAACAAUACAAAUUCCAUUUUUACAUCGUAUCAAUAAUUUAAUAUUAACAAAUAUAAGUAAUUUGAAAUGUUCCUUAUCUUAUGAAUUGUAA